UCAUGCUCAAGAAAUGUUUCAUAACAGAUAAACGUAACCUCACUUCUGGCACAGGCAUCGCGAAAUUUUUAUUUUCAUCCACAAAAUGUUAAAAUUAAGUCGAAUAGGAAGACUUUUAGAAAAUGUCCCACAGCUGUGGAAUUGCAGUCAAAUAGCAGGGCUGAAGUACUUUCCGGCUCCAAUAAAAUUUGACGCAUUUGAAAAAGUUGAUCGACCAAAGCUGAAAAUUGUUGAGAAAGUUCCGCAGUUUACGGCUGGAUUGCGUCCACCAAAGAUGCAGAAGCGCCUGAGGUUGAUGCGUGGUCCGGAGCUUGUGCACAAUAAAUUGAUUCAUCGGCAGUAUGGGAUUAUCGCCCUGGGCGGCGGGAGGCUCAAAUGGAAUCAUUUUGAGAUGAUGCGAAUGGGGGUUGGGCGGAAAAUUGACGUCAAUCGCAUGUUUGCCAUUUGGCGCGUUGAUCCUCCGUGGCAGCCGGUCACGAAGAAGGGCCAGGGGCAGCGAAUGGGUGGCGGGAAAGGUGCCAUAGAUCACUACGUGAGCCCCAUCAAGGAAGGGAGGGUGAUUAUGGAGCUUGGGGGGCAUUUGGAGUAUCCAGAAGCUUACAAAAUCCUCCAAUUGGUUGCCCACAAGCUGCCCUUUAAGGCGCUCGUUGUGUCCCAGGAAAUCAUGGAGAAGCGUCAGGCUGAGGAGGAGGAGCGAAAGCGCUCUAAUACAAACCACUACACGAUGAAGUACGUCAUUCAAAAUAACUUUGGGGGCUGCCACAACUGGCUAUCGCCCUUUGACCACAAAUGGUUUGGACGGUAUCGGUAGAAAUUGUCCGGAAGUUUCCUUCUUGGGCUAGAUUAGUGAAUAAAUUGUUUAAGAAAUAA